CUGGACUCUGGACUCUGGACUCUGGAGUUGUUGCAGGUGCGAUUCAGACGGGAGCUGAAAGGUUCUGCACGCCUGGAGAACCUGCCGUGGUUCUGCUGCCUGCUGGCUCUGAGCGGAGAGAGAGAUGAAGCUGGAGGUGAAGAUCGAGCUGCUGAAGUUCUGCUCUGCGCUCUUAAACUCCAUCUUCCUGGCUCUGGGUCUGAGCGUGGCCGGCUGUGGAGUCUGGAUCCUUUUUGACAGAGGAAGCUUCCUGACCGCCAUCUCCUCCGAUGAGCUGCGUACCGUGGGGGCGGGGCUGCUGCUGAUUGGUGGAGUGGUGGUGGUGGUCAGUGUCGUUGGAUGUGUCGGAGCUGGUAGAGAGAACAGAUUCCUGCUGCUGAUGUACCUGGGCUUCCUCAUCGUCCUGAUCUUGGGUCAGCUGUUCGUCACGCUGCUGCUGCUCAUAAGUAAACACACGAUUGAACGGAGUCUGGACGCCUCAGUGGACAGGAUCAUCCUUCAGUAUGGAGGACGCGGUCAGGACAGACUGAUGGACAACGUGCAGCACUAUGGGAAGUGCUGUGGCAGGACGGGUGCUGACGAUUGGCUGAAGAACUCUUAUAUUCAGACGCUGAACCUGACCAACCCAGACGUUCUUCCCUGUUCCUGCUUCAGCUCGUAUCGUCCCAGCCUGGACUCGUCCUGGUGCUCCGAGCUGCUGAACUUCAGCGCUCCGCUGUUUGGACGAGGAAACACCUCGUACCAUCAGGGCUGCAAACAGAAGCUCAGUGAUUGGCUGCAGGAGAAUGCCGUGACUAUCGUUGGCAUGGACGUCAGCCUCAUGUUGAUCCAGGUGUUCCAGAUGGUCGUGAUGGUUUACCUGUACCGAGCGUUUGGCAGAAAAGCUGUUUUGAAAAAAGCAGAUCCUCUGGCCGAGCCGGACCACGCCCACCUGGACCACACCCCUGAAGAUGACGUGGACUAUGGAGAACAGAACUAUGGCUACAGCCAUACUGAUGAUGAUUACAUUGACCCCGCCCACCCAGCACAGUACCAUUACUGAAGCCAGGGGUUUUAUUUCAGAAGCAGUUUUUGUCAUUGGUUGAAGUUUUCUUUACUCCAGACAGCGAUCACCUGUGUGCUUCUGACCAAUCAUUUCAUUCGUCACUACUUGGGCUGUGCACGUUAACAUGUUCUUAUCGCGUUAAUUAAUUAACACGACAAUUAUUUUAUUGCACAUUAACACGAUUUUUAUUAUUAUUUUAAUAGUCCGUUGCUCGCUGGCCAAUCAGACGAGCAGUGGAGGGAGGCUUCAGCUCCAGCGUGUGGAAGAAGCAGAUAAACAAAAGCAAGACAAGCGAUCAAACGCAGCAGUGAAGUGGAGAGCUGCACACUGCAUGCUGGGUAAUGUUGGGGAACGUUCUUACAGUCACAGCGUAGUCUCUUGGCCCCGCGGUGUCGCUCUUUGCUCCGGAAAUAUUGUAAUUUUUAUUUAUAUUUUUCUUUAUUUUAUUUUCUUGCUGCUGUGUAAAGCGAACACUGCUGGGAAAAAGUGUUUGAAACCACAUGUUAUUACACUUUUGUGUAUAUAGCAGUACAUUUAAAUUAAAAGUGGCAACACACGA